UCCCACGUGGCUGUCGGAUGUACCCGAUGGUAUAUGAGAGACUACAGUAUGGUGCCGUCUACAAACUCGCUGAGUAGCAGAGAAGAUGGCAUUAAAGUUUGAAGCAUCCUAUCCACAAGGUUUCUGCCCUGGAUGGAGUGUGAUCGUCAAGGGAGAGACAAGUUCCAGCGAGAAUGACUUUGAAAUCAACUUCCUCACUGAUUCAGGAGACCAGAUUGCUUUCCAUUUCAAUCCCCGUUUCUCUGAGAGCAGUAUUGUCUGCAAUUCUUUCUUGUCAAGCCACUGGGGGCAGGAGGAACGGACUGAUUCUUUUCCCAUUGAAGCCAAUGAGCCUUUCCAGAUUGAAAUCUACUCAGACAGGGAGAAUUUCCAGGUGUAUGUAGAUGACAGCAAGAUCAUCCAGUACAGACACCGCAUGAAGCAGUUUCCAGCCAUCACCAAAGUGCAGGUCCUGAACGACAUCACUGUUUCCUCUGUGGAGAUCUCAAGACGAGAAAUGUACGAGUAGAGUGUGAUCUGCUCUAAAUCUAUCUCCUUCCACCACUCCAUUCUCUCUCCAUGCCUCCUAAGAGGUGAUGAUGAUGAUGAUGAUGACGACGAUGAAACUGAAGUUCACUUAGACUCAGCCUGCUUUGAUUUUGGCCAAAAACAUGAAACAGUCAUACUGUAUUUAUAGUCUAAGGCAUAUUAUGAAGGAGAGCAUGUUUAUAAAUGACUAAUAGAAUCCGUAAAAGGAAAUAUAAAUGUUAGUAGCAACAAGGGUGUCAUUAUUUGGCUCAUAAUGUAAAUGAUGAAGAACGAUUACAAGCAGGGGUGACUGGAAUGAGGAAUGGAAUAAAGGAAGGUUUCUAUUCACAGCUCAAUCAUUACCUCUUGCAUACAAAGUCAAACUAGUUUGGUGUCAGUGUAAAGUAGAUGUG